AUGCGUUUCACCUCGGUCCUCGCUACCCUUGUCGCUGUGGCUGCUGCUGCGCCUACGGUUUCCGUUGAGGAGCGUGAUGUUGAGGCUCCCAAGUCCCAAUUGGUUGACGUUCACAUCCAAAUGCAGUGCAGAGACUACGACAAGUACUUUUGGUGCAUUGAGCAGGGUUGCCAGACUCCCAACCCCGACCUGUGCUUCCCUGGUUUCACGUGCGCUAUCAUCUGGUGCACCUAA